AUGUCCGAGCCGAAACGCACAACCAAGGAGACGCACCCGCACCUUCCCCCCGGCCUCAUUCUCGACAAGGACGGCAAGGUGUGCAAGGUGUGCAACUCCUGGCAGGACUUUGCCGGCAUCAAGGUGUACAAGAAGGACCCGAAUGCCAAGGGCGGUAGUUCUUCUGGCUCCUCUGGCUCGGGAUCGAAAGCUGGCGCAGCGGCGGGCGGCAUGGCAGGCAUGAUGGCUGCCAUGUCUGCUGGCUCCUCUGGAUCUGGCUCUUCCUCGUCUUCCUCCAGCUCCUCCUCCUCAACGCCAGCGACCUCCACGACGUCCUCGGCCAGCGCGGCUAAGACGCAGGACCGCUCCGAGUGCCCCGCCGACACGGUCGAGCUCGGCCGCUCGACCUGGACGUUCCUGCACACAACAGCGGCGUACUAUCCCGACAAGCCGACACCCGUGCAGAAGACGCACAUGGUCAACCUCCUCUCCUCCCUUCCCAGCUUGUACCCAUGUACGUGGUGCGCGGACGAUUUCGGAGAGUCCAUCAAGGCGAACCCGCCCCAGCCUGCUGUCGAGAGCGCAACGAAGCUGAACGAGUGGCUCUGUCGGCGGCACAACGAGGUGAAUAAGAAGCUGGGCAAGCCCGAGUUCGCGUGCGACUGGAAGAAUAUCAUGAGAAGGUGGAAGGACGGACCCGAGGAUGGAAGUUGUGACUAG